GGCACGAAAUUCGAAUUGAAUCUGGAUGAUGAUGAUGAUGAUCAGCAACGCACUGUCCUACCCGCUGCAUUCGUCGGCGAUGUCCUCGAGCGAAAACCCGCUGCUCCAAAAGCGCCUUCUAUGCCCGUGUUGAAGAAUCGGAAUGGAUUUCCGGAGCAUAAGAAGCGAGUCGCAGGAGAGUCGCGGUUUAAACAGAAGCAGAAUGCAGCAGCAGCAGGGAAGACUUCAUCACCCAGCGAUGCGCCUAUCCCGCACUCUUUGGAUGGUGAAUCAAAGGGUACUGCGAGGUCAUGGGAAGAAGAAGAAAAGUCUCGCAUCGACGCUGAGAACCGCCAAAAACUGGCUGAGAUGACUUCGGAAGAAAUCGAGGAGGAGAGGAGGGAGUUGAUGAGUAGUCUUGGCCCGGCGAUGAUUGAACGACUAUUGAAGAGGGCGAAUGUGGCGGAUGGGAGGCAUGAUGAGUCGCCUCUUACAGGACCCGUCAAGUCUAAACCCAGCAAGACGGUCACAUUCGAAGAACCACCGACAGCGCCAGCCGAGCCAAAGGACCUCCCAUCAGAUUCGUCCGAACCUUCCGCACAACAAACACUAUCCGACGCACAACACCCCGACUCACACCAUGCCGACUCACAACACCCCAACUCACAACACCCACCCCCCUCCACAAUCCACUUCCCCCAACCCGUCCAACCCCCCUCCCUCGACCCUUCCUCCUCCACCUUCCUCACAGACCUCCACACAAAAUACUUCCCCUCCCUCCCCUCGGACCCCCAAAAACUCGAAUGGAUGCAACCCUCCCCCUCUCCCUCCCCCUACUCCCCUUCCGCCCCCGCCCUCUCCCCCGACCAAAUCCGCUUCUCCUUCCGCGGCGAACUCAUCCCUCCUUCCCAAGCGGCGACCAUACCAGUCACCCAGGGACUCCACCACCACGGCGACGCCCCCGAAGCGGCGGGCUACACGAUCCCCGAACUCGCACACCUCGCCCGCUCAUCCUACCCCGCGCAACGAUGUAUCGCCUUCCAAACUCUCGGUCGCAUCCUCUUCCGUUUAGGCACGGGGGAAUUUGGAUUUCCGGAGAUGGAAGCGGAACGAGAGGCGGUGAAGGAGGGGAGAGGGGAGGUGGAGGGCAAGGGGGAGCUGGCGAGGGGACUUUGGAGGGAGGUGGAGAGGUUGAAGGUUGUGGAGGGAUUGGUGGAGGAGGCGGAGGGGAGGGGGGUUGAUAGGGGGAGGCAUUUGAGUGCGAGGACGUAUGCGACUGAGGCGGUUUGGUUGUGGAGACGGGGUGGG